CGUAGAUUUCUUGAUUCAUAAUAAAACGAACAUAUGCCAAUAAUAAUGCUGCAUUAUCAGGCAAGGGGACUCGUCCAGUUGUAUAGAGAAAUGGGUCUAUUAUUGCUUAAGGGAAUUCUUUUAAUGAUAUCAGAUGCAGGUUUGUGUAAAACAGAUUUUAAAACCUCUUCAACGGCUGGCAAAAUUAACUUCUCUCCGAUAGUAUGCGGUUUUCCGGAUUUUGCUAUAAGUAACGAGAUAUUGUAA